AUGGCUGGUCGCGGCUCGCAGGCGGCUCCCUCCAGCCAACAUGCUAAUGCGAAUCACGACACCUCACCAGCACAAGACAGUCUACCCGAUAUGCCCGCAAAUAUACCCGCAACAGUACCUCCGACAAACAAGAAGGGCAAGAAUAAGAAACAAACAGAUGCGAAUGAGGUGGGAAAGGCCUUGGCGGCCAAGAUCAAUCAGCUUGAAUUGGAUGCUGCAGGGGAGAAAGACCAAGAACUUGAGAUCGGUGGGUUUUCCUCCAGUAUCGACACCAGAGAAAGCAUUCUUGGUUGUAUGAAAGAGCUUGAUCUGCCACAAGAUAUGAUUGCUCAAGCGAUGAGACUUCUGAAUGCCGAUAGCAAUGGCAAGGCGAUGUUUCGAGGAGGGCCACCAACCCCCGAGAAAAUGGAACCGCUCUUGGCUGAUCUAGCUGGCGUGUCUGACUUGCUCUCUGCUUUGCCCAACUUGUUUACUGCGGCGCAACAGAAGCUGACUACGUUGCCCCCUGGGCUUGUCGCCACUUUAGAACGAGAAGUCAAAAAAGCUACCCGAGACCUCACCAAUCUUCUGAACCAAAUGGAUAAUCCUAUGGCGAAACUUGAGACGCUGCAAAAGAAGUACUCCGACUUGCUGUCAGACAUGAAACGAAUGGACCGUGAGAAUGCGAAAAACAAGAAGCGCGCCGAUUUAUAUCAGAAGGAGAAGGAUCAAGGCCGUUCGCAACUCACCAAAACCGACGCUGUCAAGACGAAGCUAGAAAGCGUGUGCAGAGAGCUGCAACGAGAAAAUAAAAAGCUCAAGGAAGAACAAAAGCGCAUGGAGAGCGACGAAAAGGCCAGUAGAGAAGAGUUGAGUGAUCGAGCCGAUAGCCUCUUCUGGGAACUUGAUGAAGGCUUGGCUAGGCAAGAAAAUCCACCCUCUCAAUCAACAAACCUCGAAUCAGAUGAGCAGUGGGUGCCUCUCCUAUUUCACCAAAGAUUUAAGACAUUUAUUGACCAGUACGAACUUCGAGAAUCACAUAUUGUCAGCAUGUUGAGGACCAAAGACAGCGAGGUCCAUUUGAACAUCGCAAGGGCAGAGGAGCAGAAAAGACGAGCAGAUAAUGAGACGAUGAAAUGUCGUAAUUUAUCUACGCAGGUAUCUACAUUCUCGCAGACCGAAACCGAGCUGCGAAGUCAGCUUAAUAUAUACGUGGAAAAGUUCAAACAGGUCGAAGACACAUUAAAUAAUAGUAACGAUCUUUUUCUAACGUUUCGCAAGGAAAUGGAAGAAAUGUCGAAGAAAACCAAACGCUUAGAAAAGGAAAAUCUUAAUCUUACACGCAAGCACGAUCUUACGAACCGAAACAUCCUCGAGAUGGCCGAAGAACGGACCAAAGUCAAUAAAGAGAUGGAACAAUUACGGAAGAAAAACAACACUCUAGAAAGUCUCGUCAGAAGAAUGCAAGAGCAAGGUAGAGCUCCCGCUGGGGUAAAAUCUGCGCUGGAAGGCGACGGUGACGACGACGGCACCGAGAGUGAAUACGAUGAAGAGGACUAUGAGGAAGAGGGAAGUGAGGAAGAGGAAGGUGAAUAUGACGACGAGACUGAGGACGAGGUUCUGCACCAAGAGGCUAAUGCAGUAUACGGACCUACUCCACCUACUAAUGCCGCAGCACAGACGCGGGUUAAUGGUGGAGUACAUCGCGGUGUCAACGGCGAUGUCAACGGGGUAAAGUCGAGCAUUGCAGUCUGA